UCUUGAACCCGGAAGCAGUUAUUGGCGUUCGGAAGCAGAGGCUGGACCCGGGGUUUCGCUGGCGUUACUGCAGUAAAAUGGUCGGUGGCGGCGGGAAGCGCAGGCCCGGCGGGGCGGGGCAGCAGUGUGAAAAAACAGUUGAUGUGAAGAAAAGUAAGUCCUGUGAAGCCGAUAUCGCUGGUGACCUUCGAAAAGAAGUAGAAAAUCAUUAUCAACUGUCUUUGCCUGAAGAUUUCUAUCACUUCUGGAAGUUCUGUGAAGAACUUGAUCAUGAAAAGCCAGCUGAUUCACUUUCCACAAGCCUUGGACUUCGAUUAGUGGGUCCAUAUGAUAUCCUUGCCGGAAAACAUAAAAUGAGGAAAAAGUCAUCAGGCCUGAAUUUUAACCUUCACUGGAGGUUUUACUAUGAUCCUCCUGAGUUCCAGACCAUUAUUAUUGGCGAUAAUAAAACUCAGUACCACGUGGGGUAUUUCAGGGAUUCUCCUGAUGAACUUCCGGUUUUUGUUGGUACAAAUGAAGCAAAGAAAAAUUGUAUAAUUGUUCAAAGUGGAGAUAAUGUGUUUGCUGCAGUCAAAUUAUUGUUGAUGAAAAAACUUAAAGAAGUAACAGAUAAAAAGAAAACUAGUCUCUUGAAAAACAUAGAUGAAAAACUGACAGAAACAGCCAGAGAACUGGGUUACUCAUUGGAACAGAGAUCCAUGAAGAUGAAGCAGAGAGAUAAGAAAGUGGUGACAAAGACCUUUCAUGGUGCAGGCUUGGUUGUCCCAGUAGAUAAAAAUGAUGUUGGGUACCGAGAGCUCCCUGAAACAGAUGCUGACCUGAAGAGAAUUUGCAAAACAAUUAUUGAGGCACCAACAGAUGAGGAGAGAUUGAAAGCUUUUGCUCCCAUUCAGGAAAUGAUGACUUAUGUACAGUUUGCUAAUGAUGAAUGCGAUUAUGGCAUGGGGCUGGAGUUGGGAAUGGACCUCUUUUGCUAUGGUUCACACUAUUUUCAUAAAGUUGCUGGCCAGCUUUUACCUCUUGCAUAUAAUCUGUUGAAGAGGAAUCUGUUUGCAGAAAUAAUUGAAGAUCAUCUGGCAAACAGAAAUAAAGAGAACAUAGACCAACUUGCAGCAUGAGUGAGAGUUGGCUUUGCUUGGUACAUAAUAUUUUAAAGCAUUAGUAUUAAACUUGUUGCUUUUGUGUGUGUAUGUUUUUAAUACUACAGGAAAUAAACUGAUGGAAACAUUUACUAAAAACUUU